AUGGAUUACACAACACUUGUUAUCAUUCUUUCUAUUAUGUUUGUGUGUUUUCACCUUCUCAAAUCCUUUUUCACCACCCCUUCAUCUCACAAGCUCCCACCCGGACCCAAACCAAUCCCGAUUUUUGGCAAUAUUUUUUACCUCGGUGAAAAGCCACAUCGGUCCUUUGCCAACCUAGCCAAAAUUCACGGCCCUUUGAUCAGCCUAAAGCUAGGAAGUGUGACAACAAUUGUCGUGUCUUCUUCGUAUGUGGCUGAAGAAAUGUUCCUAAAACAUGAUCGAGCAUUUGCUAAUCGAACCAUUCCUGAUUCUAUUCGGGCUUGUGACCAUGACAAACUCUCCAUGUCGUGGUUGCCUAUAUCCCUUAAUUGGCGGAAUCUUAGGAAGAUCUCUUCCGUCCAAUUGCUCUCCAAUCAACGACUAGACGCUAGUCAAGCCCAUAGACAAGCCCAGGUGGAACAACUUCUUGCGUACGUGCAAGAUUGCUCUAUAAAAGGGAUACCGGUUGACAUAGGGAGGGCCGCAUUUACCACCUCGCUAAAUUUAUUAUCAAACACAUUUUUCUCAGUGGAAUUGGCAAGCCAUGAGUCAAGUGCUUCCCAAGAGUUUAAGCAACUCAUGUGGAAUAUUAUGGAGGAAAUUGGCAAACCAAAUUAUGCUGAUUAUUUCCCUAUUCUUGCCUAUGUUGAUCCCUUCGGCGUACGGCGUCGUUUGGCUGCUUACUUUGAUCAACUCAUUGAUGUAUUCCAGGACAUUAUUAAAGAAAGGCAGAAAAUUCGAUUAAAAAAUGGUUCAAGUGCAAAACAAACAAAUGACAUUCUCGACACACUUCUUAACCUCCACGACGAAAAUGAGUUGAGUAUGGGAGAGAUCAAUCAUCUACUUGUGGAUAUAUUUAAUGCCGGAACAGACACAACCGCAAGCACAUUAGAGUGGGCGAUGACAGAGUUAGUGAGAAACCCGAGAAUAAUGGGCAGAGUUCAACACGAAAUUGAACAAGCUCUUGAAAAAGAUUGUUCAAGCAUUCAAGAAGCUUACAUAUUAAAACUACCUUACUUACAAGCCAUUAUCAAAGAAACAUUACGUUUACACCCUCCCACGGUAUUUCUCCUGCCUCGAAAAGCGAACAUUGAGGUAGAGCUUCAUGGUUUUACGGUGCCAAAAAAUGCACAAAUCCUCGUGAACCUUUGGGCCGUUGGUCGUGAUCCAAAGGUAUGGGAAAAUCCAAAGGUAUUUAUACCGGACAGGUUCUUAGAAUGUGAUAUUGAUGUAAAAGGACAAAAUUUCGAGCUUUUACCAUUUGGAGCUGGAAGAAGGAUAUGCCCUGGACUUGGUUUGGCAUAUAGAAUGUUGAAUUUGAUAUUGGCUACACUUAUUCACAAUUAUGACUGGAAACUUGAAGAUGGCAUGAAUGUUAAUGAUUUAGACAUGGAUGAGAAGUUUGGGAUCACGCUGCAAAAGGUUGUGCCUCUUAAGGUUAUUCCUGUCCCAAGGAAUUCAUAAUAUUUUUAUGCAAGCAUGAUAAGGUCAA